ACCUUCAGCUGCAGGUUGUGGCCAUCUAUUCCGUCUUUCACAGCUGUUAGUGAAUCAACACAAUGUGUUUGCUGAUAAAUUAAUAUCUAACCAGACAACCAGCACUGUUCAGUUGACUGGACGUUCAUUAAUUAGUUUCUUUAAUUUUAUGAAGCAAGAAAACUUUUUUCCAACACCUUCAAGACGACGCAUAGCGCCGAGAAUAUUAAGGUCUUAAUGCUGUUCUCACCUGGGUCAGAGUCCUCUUUACUUUUGCUAGAAGAUUCUUACGACUUUGUCUGUAGUGCAACUAUCCUUAUAAGGUUACUCAGCCUUUCUAACUGGAACAGCCUGGAGUGCUGCGGACCUAAGCAUUAUUUUGAAGACGUAGAAAAUGGCUAGUGGAAUUGACGGUCCUGGGAAUCUACAAGACAAAACUGAUGACUCCUCGACUCCUAAGUUAGAAGCGCGAGUUGAUUUAUUUGUUGAUUCUCCCGUCCCUAUUGCUGCUUCCACUCCGAAUGUUCAACCUAAUAUUCCUGGAAAUGAUGAAGCUUUAGAGAAGCGCCCACCACAAGAGAUAGAACGUGGUGACAGCCAUCUAAGCUUUGCUGGGCUAAUGCAGAGGCAACAUAACAAUCCUGAAGAACCAGCCAGUGAUGCCAGGAGAAUGAACGUUUAUGAUGCUGGAUAUGAACGUGGGAGACAAGGGUAUCAUCCAACCCUGCAGGAAGAUACCUCACUUAACGAAGAAAUGGAAAAAGUAUUUCAAGAUAAACCUUACAGGCUUGAGAUGGAUUUUUCACGACCUGCCGCAUCAAGCGAAGUUCAAACUUAUCCCGACCAAAAGUAUUCGGAAACUGACUAUUCAAGUCGUCGACGAAGCCAGGUGAAUAUGUAUCAACCAAUGAAAACUCAUCUUUCAUCUCAUGAAUUAAGUGCUAUCCAAUCAGCUCAUGGCUCAUCUAUCCCGGGAGCUCCUGACAGGUGAGAUUCACGUAAAUGUCUCAUGAGAUUCAGUUCAAGUAAAUAGGCGCCAAACCU